CAGCAACAACAGCAACAUCCUGAACAACAACAACAACCACCCCAUGACCUUGAGUCUUGGAAAUCAAAUUUCAUCAAUCUUUGUUCCAAGUUCACCGGUAACCUCAUUGAGUUGACGGCCUUGCUGAACCAAGGCCCGCAUCUCAAUCUGGAUCCUACUGUUACCAGCUUUGCCCCAUCCAUACUUCAGGCCAUUUGGACUCGGUAUGAAAAUGCCGCGCAACCUUCAAUCAAUCCUACUCCCAACCCUCUCCCUGAUCAAGGCAACCCCUCUGUUCUGAGUCAAGAUGCUGCUUUUUUCCGCUCCUCGGAGCUUUGGGAGAUGGUGGACCAGGCUGUUCAAUCACAUCUCAAACCGAAUGAAGCACAAGGUGGGUUUGAUGCCCCAACUUUCAGCCUGGACUUGGAGUUAAGCAUGGGCAGACCUCCACAACGACAAGAUCAACCAUCUUCCUCAUUUUCCCCCUCUCUAUCGCUGGGUGAUUUUUUCAAAGAUCACGAGGACCUACAUGUGGAUAAUAUCUUCCAGUCCACCAAGCCUAACAAUGAUCCGCCUAAGGGGUAAUCCCUAUGUGGACUAACUUUGAUACUGUACUCUUGGCUCAUUGCCCCAGUUUUUUCACUAAUUCACUAACAUGAACUAGUUACAUUUGUUCCCCUGGAUAUUUCCUUUGUGUGAGUGCUUUCUUAGUAGACAUAUCCCAAUGGUUUUUAAUAUAUUUAUGAUUGGAUUUACCCCAGUUUCAACGCUGAAGUAGAUGUCUUUACACACCAACCUCACAUCCAAUCAAAUGAAAGGUAUCUAGUUCAUUUGAUGUUCGCUUGUAUGAUCACUGUUUUGCUUUAGUUGUUCAUUGUACUCCCCAUGUAUGAUCAUUGGUUUGAUGAGGUUGCUCAUUGUACUACCCUGUAUGUUCAAUAUACUACCCUAACCUCUAACAUCCUCAAAUGAUGAUCAUCUUGUCUUGUACAUUGAACACUACAUGAUGUUCAUUAUACUCCGCUUUAUGUUCAUUGGUGUAUUAUGAUUGCUGAGUAACGUGCAAAUGAUCAUUCCACCUGAUCAAUGUACCCUACUUAUUGUUCAUUUGAGAAUGUUUCUGAUGAUCAUUGUGAUUUAUUAUCUUCUCCAGCUAAUCUAAUACUAUUAUAGUGUUGUACAUUCUACUCCCAUCUAUGUUCAUUGGUUUAUUUUGGUUGUUCAUUCUACUCCCCUGAAUGUUCCUUUCGACUUGACUAGCUCCAUAUGUUCAUUGCUUAUAAUUGUACACUGUGUUGCUUCCUAAUGAUCAUUGUGAUCAUAUAUCUAUAACCAUAUGAUUGCUCAUAUGAUUAGAUAGUGUUGUACAUUGCCCUCGCCUUUAUGUUCAUUCCUUUAUUAAGGUUGAUCAUUGUAUAAUGCUUGAUGUUUUAGUAUGGGUUCUUUUGUUCAUUGCUAAUUUUAAAACCCAUAGUGUUAUGUAUGAUGAUCCAAUGCAAAUGGAGGAUUAUACAGCUGACUCGCUUCUGAGUAGUUCAAUGAGAGAUGACGAAUCAGGGUCAGAAGAUCAAUCACCCCCACCCCGAAAUCAAGAUUUAUCGAUCGGAAUUACUACAAGCAGGCCACGCCGCACAAUAAUCAAACCAGCAAUUUUUCGAUCUCCAUAUUUGGUCAAGUACUCCCACCUAAUAGAACAGAAAAGAGGAACGCGGCAAAUAGACAACACCUACUUGGCAGACUUUGCUUUUGAAGCUGGAGAUAAAGAGGACUUGCUCUACGACGAUGGUAACACAUUCCUCAACAGAUCCCACUUCCUUUCUUUGGGGGACGAUGUGGAAAUUUGGAACGGCUUCCUUGAUGCAUGGGCACGUAUCCUAAACCAUCGUAAUUCGGAACGAAUGGCCGGCUCCACUAAACGACUUUUCUUCUCAACAAUAGCACAUCACUUAUUGUUCCCCAAUGCUUCAAAUCCUCCCCCGAGCACCCCUGAGCAAGCGGAGGAAGAUAGGAAGACUGCAAGACUCACUGAAAAUACAAGGAUGGAACAAUUUGUGGAGAGGCUGACAUAUGAGUGCAGAGAACAGGGCAUUACACAUGUUGACCAGUUUGAGUUGGUUUUCUUCCCUGUGUGCGCAUCAGACCACUUCUAUGUCUUCUGCUUAAACUUCAACAAAAUGACUUUGGACAUACUUGACAACAGAAUAUUGCCAGAGAAUGUCUCCAUCCACGACAAAUAUAAAGACUACCCAGCUAAAAUUGCAAUUGCUUAUGGUAGGUUCCUGGUAUCCCUUGGCUUCAACAUGAUAAGUACACCUCUUAAGCCUCGCAUAGUGGAAAUGCCCUGGAGAACUAACUCCAACACCUAUGACUGUGGGAUUUUUGCAAUGCGGCACAUGGAAAAAUAUACCGGUGAAUGGGAAAACAACUUUGAAACUGGCCUCAUUGCUGAUAAUUUUGACAAGAUCAAGAAACUGAGAAUCCAGUACUGCAUUGACAUUCUUGUGAGCAAUGUCAACACCCGUGCUGCGUGGGUUGCUGAUUCUGCCAAAGCACAAGCUAAAGGGAAGUCCCAACACAAGUAGAUUCAACACCGCACUCUUCCAACAAGUUCUAAUACUCACUUUUUUUUGUACUAAACCAAACAUUUCUAGAAUUACUUUUGUGUUAACAAAACAAUACCAUUCCUUUUGUAUAGCAACAGCUACUAACUUCUGAGUUGCUAGCUUCAAAAUAUUUGACAUAUUCUAUCCCAUAUGUGACUUGAACAACUUUGCUAUUUACUUCAUUAUAUAGGCCGUACAUUAUCAUUCCUUUUAUGUUCACAUCAAGUUCCUCCAUAGUUCAAACAUUUAAAUGAUUAUACACACUUCGUAACAUAUUUCCAUAUGAUAACCUCCUGCUUUCAAGUGAUUCCAAACAUUCAAAAAGGGUGGCUUCACCAUUGAUACAUCACAUGUGCCAAAAUACAAACUUCUUUACCCAUAUCUUUAGCAUGUACAUUUUCAAAUACUUUUAUGUUCAGUGCGUAGAGUUAACAUAUACAUCAAUUAUAAACAUUGUAUAAGUUAACACAACCUCCAAUUCAUAAUAAGGAGGUUUUUGGGUGUUUUAGACCAAGUACAACGUGAAUGAGCUACAUCCAUUACAACAAAAAAAAAAACAUAA